AGAAAGGGAGAAAGAGAGGAAGUCAGCUUGAAGAGGGUGAACCACAGACACUGCCAAGAAAUGAUGAAGUCGCUGUCAAGGUGCACAGACUGAAACAAGACUCGGAAAUGAAAAGAAAGGUAACGUGAAAGAGAAAGAUUGUAGUAAAGCAUUAGAUCUUUGCUAUUGCUGUAUUGUAGCCGGGUCAGCGCCUAAGACUGGGGGAACCCCCUAAUCUGAGAUGUUUUGCAGCAUUGGACCUGCAACAUUUAGAGAAGCAAGACCACCCACACCCUCCGCUCCCCUCCAGUGCACUCGCAGCCCCUAUUCUUUAAAAGGAAAAGAGGCAGAGGUAGAAAGGAGCGAGUAGAAAGAGGAAGCAGCAUGUUGCUAACUAAAUCCAACCUCGGCUUCAGCACUUCUCAGUUUUGUUUAGCCAAAUAACGAUGUGCUCAGAGGAACAUUUCUCACUUGGAUUGGCUGCGAUUGCGAGAUGACUGGAGGUUUUCUGAGUGUUCCCAUCAUGAGGCCUUAUCACCGCUGGACCAUCCUGCAUGUGUCCAUCUUGGCAGGGCUGCUUCUCACCUUAAAUGCUGACAGUCAGAAUUCAACUUGUGACAUAGAAAUUAGAGUACGUCGCAGCACGGUUUAUGAAGCUGUCCCUGGGAAAGACCUUCAGAUUAACUGCCCAGUUGCUUUCUGCAACAAUUCCCCACCGACAGUCUCCUGGUAUAAAUAUGAGACAACUACACCUGUCCCUGUUGAUGUCAGCAGUAGCAGUCACAUUAAAACAAGGUGGACACCUUUAAAGCCUUUAGAAGGGAUAUCGUAUUUGAUCUUCCAAAAAAUACUCAGAAACGACUCAGGUGAGUAUCGGUGUCAAACUGGAGACAGUGUGAGUCAUAAGAUCAACGUCUCUGUCGAUGGUGAGUGUAUAUAUGGUGAGAAUAAUGUUACACAGAAUGACACAAGUAAGAAAAAAAUAAUGGUUUUGGAUCCUGAAUCACCCAGAGACAAUCUAUGGAUAUACAUGUACUUUGCAGCUGGGAUUGUGCCAUUUGUCAUCAUAGUGAUCAUUUUAUCCAUUGUAUCAAUGCGAGGGUGUAAAGGGAAGCCAAAGAAAGAGUUACAAACUGAAAGUCAGUACAUGGCGAUCCCCAUGGUCGAGCAACCCUUCCCACACGCCAGCAUCCAGCCCUCGCCAAGAGGAACCCCCUCUGCGCCGCCAUCUCGGAGGUCCACCCGGAGGAUUACAUCGCCCUCACAACCCAAUGAGCUGCCAACACCAAGAGACAAUGAGGAAGAGGGGAGUUCUAUUGUGUAUGCUGCUCUCAACCAUCAGCUUCCAGCGGGGGCUGCUGCUCGGCCGCCACGGAGACAACAGGAGGAGACUUCAGAGUAUGCGGCUAUCCGUGUUAAAGACCCAUCACCCAAUAUAAAUUACUUCUAAGUGGACGACAACUCACAUUAGCCGGAGUAAUGUGCGUCUUUGAUGUUGGAGAGAGUAAAUAGGGCGAGGACCACGUUUCAAACUGGUACAUCCCAGAGGAGCUCAGCAGAGCGAUUUAAAAGGAGAUAUACAGAAAACUCGCCCUGGACAGGCAACGUUUUUUCCAUUUGUGUUUUUGUAAAAAAAAAAACGCUCUCUUAUCACAACAUGAGGAAAAUAAAACCGGACAUCUACCUGAGACUCUAAAGAUUUGCCCUUUGCUAAAAUUUGCAUCUCCAUCUGGUCCCUGCACACCAGCACAGGUGUUUUUCACUCUGACUGAUUAGACGUCUGCUCAAGGUGAAGUUUGGCUAGGGGGAGCUGUGCUGGGAAUUUGUGAUGUCAUCAUGUACCAAUAAGAAUGGGUACACCCUAAACAUGCCAAAUUAAAAUGGAAUGUAACCAAGUGGUCUCCACUCCAUUUCAAUUCAGCCAGAGGCCCAAAGACAACAAGGUACCUAUAAUGUUUUGCUAUAAGGUUGCCUUGUUUGCAUCAUCAAACAGUAAAACCUUAUCAUUUUGCUUUCACGGAAAUGUUAUUGACAUUAUCCCGCUGGAGCCAUGUUGCAGGAUUUCUUCAAAUAUACGAGGCUGUGAGCGACCAAACUGCCAACCUGAUCUCACAGAAUUCCGUGAAAUGAACACGGCCCCUUAACUCAAAAUCUGUGGCAGUGUCACGGAAUCG